AUGGGCCUCUUCUCAUCCUCAACCCCAGCUUCCUUACCACCCCCCAAAAUUGGCGCGGAUGGUGCACCUAUAGCUCCGGACCGCACACAAAGAUCUCGGUGCUGGGAAGCUAGGGAUGCUUAUUUUAAAUGUCUGGAUAGAGCAGAAAUCAUUGAUAGUAUUACGGAGAAGGACAAGGCGGAGAAAGCAUGUGCAGUAGAGAGCAAAGGAUUUGAAAGUAAUUGUGCUACGAGUUGGGUCCAAUACUUCAAAAAGCGAAGAGUUAUGGAAUACCAGCGCGAUCAAACUUUGCAGAGACUUAAAGCCGAAGGAGCACAGGAGAUGCCAGGUCAAAUAGGACCUCCAGGUCCAGGGCAAAGGCCAUGA